AAAGAAAACGCCGCAGAGCCAUUGCAAAUUCGCCCAUUACAGGCAUCUCUUUAGAUAACAAAGUCGAAGGGCCUGAUGUGAAGCCUGUGCCGAGCUGUUGUUAUGGUGAUAAAAGGAGCCAGAGGAGUGUCCGCCGCACAGCUGAUGGAGAGAUAGUAGAAGAAGGGAGAUAGUAGGAGAAAUGACCCUAUUACAGCCGUGGUGGGUAAACAUCCGCAUACAAGCCGGGGCUUUGUUUCUCCCUAGAGCAAAAGUGCAGAUCCAGGAGGCAGGAAAACGAUCGAAUGCGGGAACGAGAGAUCAUUGUGCUUGAGACCGACAGAGCGAGCAGCCAGUUCUGUCACCCUUGCCGGCCUGUGGAAACAAACUGUUUUUAAAAGCCAAGAAGUCUCACGAAUGAAUGAGAGAUUAAUCCAAAUCCUCUCCUAGGUGGUAAAACACGAGCUUUGCAGUUCAUCGGAAGCAAUUCGCAACCACCAAACGGCACAAUAUUUGUAUUUUCAAUUGUUUAGGCCUGCUGAAAAAUGUGGUGCUAAACUGCUUUCAGUCAUUUAUGAUUCUCAGCAAUUCAGCGUACCAAUUAAGCAUGCCUUAGCAAACCCACUGGCAGUUCAGUGGCUUUUUUUUAACAAAUAAAAAAACUGAAUAGGUAAUUUAAUAAGCUGUUUAAAACCUUGGGCCCUUUAAACAUUGCUGUCUAAACUUUUUAAAAAUAAAACUCAAGUUAUGCACAGGGUACAAAUCAAUGUGGUACCUUCUGACUGAGCCUACAGCAGGACCUAGGAUGUCUUAUGUUGCAAAGAAGUGUGGCAUCCGAUUACACCCUCCAUCUAUUAUUUUAAUCUAUGAAGAUCAGCUCAAGAAUAAUAUACGUAAGCGCAUCAUGCCUAUCCGGAAUUUCUCCAAGUUCUCAGACUGCAGCAGGGCAGCAGAACAGCUCAAGAAUAAUCCUCGGCACAAGACUUAUUUGGAAGGGGUCUCAAUGGAACAGCUACAAAAGUUACACAGUUUGCUGAGAUGUCACUUGGGGGGACAAAGUUUGACUCAGAGUCUGGAGCAAAUUCAGCAGGAAGAAACAAUUGACCCAGAGGAGGACUUGAACAAAUUAGAUGACAAGGAGUUAGCCAAAAGGAAAAGAAUCAUGGACGAGCUGUUUGAAAAGAACAGGAAAAAGAAAGAUGACCCUGAUUUUGUCUACAAUGUUGAGGUAGAGUUCCCUCAAGAUGAAGAGCCUGAAGCCUGUGAGUGGGAUGCAGAAUCGGAUGAUGAGUUUUGAUUUAUAAUCAGGCUCUAGUUUCAGGGAUCUCAUCAAACUGGCAAUGACUGUUGCAUGAAGCGUACCCCUUCAUAUUUUAGCAACAAAACUUGACUAAUCUUGCCAGUCAGCUGCCAUGUUUUGUACUGUCAAAUUAGAUCAAGACAUAAGCAUUUCUCUUUUCUUAGCAUGUAAAUAGGUGAUAAAAGUGUUCUGAGACACUCAAUGAAAAAGAUUCAGUUAGACUCAAAGAUUUAUUUACAGACUGCCUGCUUUUUCUCUGCACUGGCACACAUCUUUGUAAAUAAAAUAGUGGGUCUACCUCAACACUUUAACAUGCAGUAUUAAUUUUUUAAAAUCCUUAACUAGGUAAGUAAUUUAUGUCUUCUUUAUUAUUUCACAAUGUUGUUUCUUAAUUAUCUAGAAUGCCAAAGUUUUUCAGGUGAACUUCCUGACUUUCAUUUGCCUUUUAAAAAAAAAUUGCACCAGAAAACUCACUACAGUAUAUGAUAUUUGGGGGGAAUCAACAUUAUAAUGAAAACUUUGAUGUUUAAAUAUGCCAUGUUGUAUUAAAAAGAAUGCUCUUAGGAUUUUGUUAACAUGGGAUGCUUGGGCACGAUGACUGACAGUUUAGGCUGGUACUCAGUGCUAGUCCUACUUAAAGUAGACCCUUUGAAUAGACAUUAAUAACAUAGAUUCAUUAAUUCCAAGAGGUAUACUCUGAGCAGGACUUAGCUGAAUCCAACCCUUUGAAAUCAAGUUAAGGAGAGGCCAUUGGAGGCAGCACUAAGUGCCACUCUGCCAGCGAAGAGGGACUUCUCUAGUAGCAUGGCACUGAUACUGCUGGAAGAGCCCCCACUAUACCAGAACAAAGCUGCGCCAGCAUAUAUGUACCACCAGCAGUGUUUCUGUGGCAGUUGGGGUUAAAAGGGGCAUGUUGGGAUGGAUCGGGGGAGGGCUUGGAUCUAUAGGAUCUAAAGACCCCUCAUUUCUCUGACAUGCUCCCCCGAAAAGGUCAUAAAAAUCACACCAGCCAUAGAGCUGGCACAGUGAUUUUCCUUCCCAUUUAUGUCAAUGGGAGGAAAUAUUUUUAAAAAGCAAAAGGGGGAAAACGGGGAAUAAUUGUUCCCUCCUUCUACCCUGAUGGAAUGAGGGAACUGAUGGUUCCUCUGCCAUAGAAUCUCACAUACACACCAUCUUAGGACUGCUCAAUUUCAGUUAGUUUUGUAUGUGCUGCUGAUAUUGAUGCUUUAUUGCAAUACUACAUACCUAUUAUAUGCUUUACUGUUUCCAUGGUUAUAUGUUCACACCUAAAGAAACAGCUAACCAAUAAAGUAAUUUUGAAAAGCUGGAAGAGUUAAUAUUGACAGUUUUAAAUGAUAUCUGAUAAUGUGAGCUGAAGAAAAUUGAAAUGACAAAUAUAUGAAAUCAUGACAGCAAUAGUCUGCCAAAAAGAGGUUCUUGCUUCUGCCUAGAGAGUGUGUUAGGCAGUACAUUUUUCUAAGGGCCCUUCAGGUGGAUUACUGAAAAGUGUAAUAGAUGUGUAUUAGUUCCUUCUUGUCAGUUUCACCACAGCUGGGAGUCUUACUAAAACAAUGUGAAACUGACAAAAAACUUAGGGCAUUUCCCCAUUGCUUGCAGUUCUCUCCUUUAUUGUCCUUAGGUGGGCACCAUUGGCUAGAACUGUAAGAGAGUUUGACAAAUUCCAUAUAUUUAAGAUGUGGAAAUGACAGUGCACCUAUCCUGCUGCAGGAAGGCUGUCAUUCCAUGUACCUGUUUUCUGCUGGUGAUCUAUUGCAGGUGGAGAGAAUAUCACAGGAUUAUCAUCACAGGAUUGGGGCUUGCCAUCAUAUCCUACAAAAAUUAAUAUGGAACUGGGACAUACUUUGACUGUGGUGAAAAGGUCUAGGUCUAUUACAGUAG